AUGCUGUGGGACCUGUGGCCUCGGUGGCUGGCAGGCCAGGGGCUGCCCCUCGUGGGAACCGUGCUGCUGCGGAAGAGAGAGAAGAGAGUGAAGAGGGAGGCUCCGUGGAGGCACCCGCGGCGGGAAACGCACCCCUAUUACGACCUCCAGGUGAAGGUGCUGAGGGCCAGAAAUAUCCAGGGGUCAGACCGGCUGUCCAAAGCCGACUGCUAUGUGAAGCUAUGGCUGCCCACGGCGUCCCCCUGCCCCGCCCAGACCAGAACGGUGGCCAACUGCAGUGACCCUGAGUGGAACGAGACUUUCCGCUACCAGCUCCACAGUGCUGUGAAGAAUGUUCUGGAACUCACCCUCUAUGACAAGGAUGUCCUGGACAGUGACCAGCUCUCCCGGUACCUGUUUGACCUGAGGAGCCUCAAGCCCGGCCAACCCUACAGUCACACCUUCCCCGACAGCCAGAACUCCCAGGAGCUGCAGGUGGAGUUUGUUCUGGAGAAGAGCCAGGUGCCUGCGUGUGAAGUCAUCACCAAUGGGGUCCUGGUGGCCCAGCCCUGCCUGAAGAUCCAGGGCACCCUAGGGAGAGACGGGAUAGCCUCACUUCGAGAGUGCGGUGUGACACAGAUCCAACUGGCAGUGCCUGGGGCCUGCGAGAAGCCCCAGCUCUUACCCCUGCAGCCUCCCGCGGAGCUGGGCCUCACCCCUACCUUCACCUUCCACGUGAACCCAGUGCUGAGCUCUAGACUGGAUGUGGAGCUGGGGGAGAAGCGGGUGGUCCUGCAGGGUGACCCCAGUGCUGAGCUGGAGGCUCAGACUCUCGAGCUGGGCAAGGGGGCCGUCCCGCUCUCCUUGCUGCCCCUAGGCAGGGAGGAGCAGCGCCUCGUGGUCCUAGGGCAGGGCCUGGAGGUGGCGCUGAGCGUGCAGGCAGAGAUGAGCUCUGGGGACCUGGAUCUGCGCCUUGGCUUUGGCCUCUGUGAUGGGGAGCGGCAGUUUCUGGACAGGAGGAAGCAGGUCGUGUCCAGGGCCCUGCAGCAGGUGCUGGGCCUGAGCGAGGCCCUGAACAGUGACCAGGUACCCGUGGUGGCUGUGCUGGGCUCUGGCGGUGGAACCCGAGCCAUGACGUCCCUGUACGGCAGCCUGGCAGGGCUGCAGGAGCUCGGCCUCCUGGACGCCGUGACCUACCUGAGUGGGGUCUCUGGGUCCACCUGGUGCAUCUCCACGCUCUACAAGGACCCAGCCUGGUCCCAGGUGGCCUUGAAGGGCCCCAUUGAGCAUGCCCGGGCUCGGGUCUGCAGCCGGAAGGUGGGCGCAGUGUCCCCAGAGCGGCUGCAGUACUACGUUCAGGAACUGGGGCUCCGGGAGGACAGUGGCCACAGCGUGUCCCUCGUUGACUUCUGGGGCCUCCUCAUCGAGUAUUUUCUGUACCAGGAGGAAAACACUGCCAAGCUGUCUGACCAGCAGGAAGCGGUCAGCCGGGCUCAGAACCCUUACCCCAUCUACGCCAGCAUCAACGUCUGCUCCAACGUCAGUGGGGAAGACUUCGCAGAGUGGUGUGAGUUCACCCCCCACGAGGUCGGCUUCCCCAAGUACGGGGCUCACGUUCCCACCGCGCUCUUCGGCUCCGAGUUCUUCAUGGGGCGGCUGCUGCGGGUGCGGCCAGAGACCCGCCUCUGCUACCUGCAGGGCCUGUGGGGCAGCGCCUUUGCUGCCAGCCUGGAUGAGAUCUUCCUGAAGAUGGGUGGCUCGGGCCUGGGCUUCCUGAACAGGCACAGGGGCAGUGUGAACAUCAUAGAUGGCUGCCAGAAGCUGCAGGUGCACGACCCAGCGCGGCUGUGCACGCGGCUCUUCACCCGCCAGGGGCCCUUCUCCCAGGCCAUGCUGGACUUACUCACCUCCCGCCUCACUGCCGCCGACAGCCCCAACUUCACCCGGGGCCUCUGCCUGCACAGGGACUACGGAGCCAGCAGCGAGUUCUUGGCCUGGAAAGCCGCGCACCGGGACGCCUUACCCAACCAGCUCACGCCCACGUGGGACAGCCUGCACCUGGUGGAUGCCGGCUUCGCCAUCAACUCGCCCUUCCCGCUGGCCCUGCUGCCCCAGCGAGCUGUGGACCUCAUCCUGUCCUUCGACUACUCCCUGGAAAGCCCCUUUCAGGCCUUACGGGAGACGGAACAGUACUGCCUGGACCGGGGCAUCCCCUUCCCCAGCAUCGAGGUGGGCCCUGAGGACAUGGAGCGGCCCCAAGAGUGCUAUCUGUUUGCGGAGGCUGAGGACCCCCGUGCACCCAUCGUGCUGCACUUCCCCCUGGUCAACCGCACCUUUCGCACGCACCUGGCCCCAGGUGUGCAGCGGCAAACAGCUGUGGACAAGGCCUUUGGGGACUUCACGGUCCACGGGCCAGACACCCCCUACGGCAUGAUGAGCUUCACCUUUGAACCCGAGGAUUUCGAUCGGCUGGUGGCCCUGAGUCGGUACAAUGUUCUCAACAACCUGGAUUCUGUGAAGCGCGCCCUCCAGCUGGCUCUGGACCGGCGACGAGCCAGACACAGCGGGGCUGGCCAGGAGGACUCGGGCAGAGAGGACACAGGACAGGGGCGCUAGGCCAGGGCUGGCAGAGGGUGGGGUGGGCGUGCUCUAGCCCCCUCCCCGGGGCCUGCUCUGAGCUCCCCUGGAUCCUGGGAGUUUGCAGAAUGGCACCUUGGACCCAGGACAGCGCCUUCCUCUUGUGUUUCUUGGAGGAAAUAGAGUGGUUCCCCUCUCCAGCAGCCCCUUGGAGAUGUCGGGCAGAAGAUAGCAGGGCUCAUUUCCCAGGGCUCUGUGCAGAGACACGUGAGAAGGCACCAAGAAGGCCCAGGUCUCCUGGUGCAGGCUGGACUCUGACCACGCCCCCCCGGGAGGGGGGUGCUGGAAGGCAAAGAAGUACCCACCCGCAGUGCCAGCUCCCAGCCUGUGCUCCC